AGUUGAAGUGCGACACAAGGAAAUUCAAGUCGGAACCGCUUUUGGCAGCACAGCACAGCACACCAUCGCAUUCCAUGUUACGUUUUUUUUUUCACCACUUAGUUUUUCUUUCUCCCAACUGAAUCGAGUUGCAAACCCAAUCUAAAACCUCACUAGGGUUUUUGAUUUACUUCCCUCGGAGUUGUAGUCUGUUAAAUCUUAUGCGUAGAUGAAGCCAAUUAGGCUUCCGGAACCCCCAGGCAGCCCGCCAUCCAUGGGCGGAGUGCCCGAUAUUUUUGAGGGCGGGGUUUACGGUGUCAUCCGGCGAGCGGUCGUAAUCGGCAACGGUUUUCCAGCCUCGGAGAACCAGAGCAUCGGAUUGGUUCGCGCCCUUGGUUUAUCUGAAAAACAGACUCUCUAUCGGGUCACAAGGCCAACAGGAGGAAUCAAUGAGUGGCUACACUGGCUCCCAGUUUCUAUCCAUAAGAAGUUGUACUAUAUUAUUAGCCAAAUUUAUGGUUAUUCACAAAUUUUGAUUGCUGGAAGAGGAAAGAAACUGGUUCCUUUGCCUAGGGAAAAUGGUACCAGCAUAGGCUUGUCAUCAGUUUUGGAAGCUGAUGUCAAGAAUAUUGUCAGAGUGGCUAAAGAAACUUUCGAGAAGGAUGGUCCACUACUUGUGGUUGCAUCUGGCAGAGAUACCAUUUCAAUUGCGAGCUCUAUAAAGAGACUGGCGUCUGAAAAUGUGUUCGUUGUCCAGAUUCAGCAUCCAAGGUCUCAUUUGGACAGGUUUGAUAUGGUAAUAGCCCCACAGCAUGAUUAUUACCCAUUGACCCCUCAUGCACAGGAGCAGGUUCCUCGCAUUCUGCGUAAAUGGAUUACACCACAUGAACCUCCUAAUGAGCGCGUUGUCCUUACAGUAGGAGCACUUCAUCAAGUAGAUUCUGCUUCACUUCGUAGUGCUGCUAAUGCCUGGCAUGAUGAGUUUGCACCAUUACCAAAGCCUCUGCUUGUAGUCAACAUUGGAGGGCCUACAAGGUACUGCAGAUAUGGCACAGACCUCGCAAAACAGCUAAGCACUUCUCUGCACAAUGUUCUCACAAGCUGUGGAAGUGUGAGGAUAUCUUUCUCAAGGAGGACACCUGAAAAGGUGUCUAAUAUAAUACUAAAAGAACUUGGAACUCAUCCCAAAAUAUACAUAUGGGAUGGUGAAGAACCGAAUCCACAUAUGGGACAUCUAGCUUGGGCAGAUGCUUUUGUAGUCACUGCCGAUUCAGUUAGUAUGUUGAGUGAGGCUUGCAGCACAGGAUGUCAGAAAGUUGGAGUUAUCCUCCCCUAAAUGAUACUGCAGAGGCAGCAAGCCGGGUGCAUAAAGCCCUUGCCGAGCGUGGAUGGAGAUUAAGACCAUAGGACCAUCAAUUUGUACUGUUGUGACGACAUAAGUCUUCUCAUCAACUUUGUGUCUAGUCAACAUAUGUUUUUUCCAAGUUACAGCACGCCCUUUCCUAUUUUCUAUCAAAUAGCAAAAGAAUCACAGAUACAAAUACACAAACAUGCUUGUCAAGCCCGAGCAGCUGCUGCAAUUCUUUACUCCUUUGGGGUUCUGAUACUUGUAAAAUAAAUGUCGCCUUUGUUAUCCCGGUCUGUAAAUUAUCAAGAUGAGUGAUACCUUGAGAGAAUUAUGAGUUGGCUUUGAAAAUGAAUAAUGUAAAAUCAAAUUAAUUCAAUGGUCACCAAGCAUUGCCCUUGAUUUUGUCAAA